ACACUUAAGGACAGCAUGGCAACCCUGUGACGUCUCGAACUGGCUUCGGGGUGCUGAUCGUUGUUUACUUUGUUGACUGAGUUCAAAAAUGACAUACUCGCCUAGGGAAAAACGAGAUGCUCGCUACUGGAAACAGCAGGCAGCCACUAUACCGGACUUCGUGCCGAAGGAGGAACACAAACCCAGGCUGGAACAGCUCCAACAUCGGGCCUCGAUAUUGUGGUCACCCCAAAUGAAGGAACAGGACGAAAAGAAUGUUCGAGACUAUUUGGACUUCGCUGCCAGUAAAUAUGAAAUCGAGGAGGAACAGGCCCUCUUCAUUCUACGUCAACAGGGAUUCGACAUUCCGGUGGCUCGACGACGUCUAGCUGGGAUCGAGACCGCCCGCGGAUGUCGCUACCAUCGUUGGAAGGCCCAGGACCUUGUUCAUCUAUCAGAGGCAUUCAAGAAACACGGCAACGACUUCAAGAAGGUCAAGGAGCAGCUGCCACAUUUCCCGCUCGCUGAAGUUCGCCAGUACUUCAACUUCAUGUACUCGGUCUGA